GCUCCUCCUGUGGAUCCAUUUGCAAAGAUCAGAGUAGAUGACUGUGGAAAAACCAAGGGAUGCUUCAGGUAUGGUAAACCUGGAUGCAAUGCAGAGACUUGUGACUACUUUCUAAGCUACCGUAGAAUAGGAGCUGAUGUUGAAUUUGAGUUGAGUGCAGAUACUGAUGGCUGGGUGGCAGUGGGAUUUUCCUCAGACAAGAAAAUGGGAGGAGAUGAUGUCAUGGCUUGCGUUCAUGAUGAUAAUGGAAGAGUCCGAAUACAGCACUUCUAUAACGUCGGUCAGUGGGCUAAAGAAAUCCAGAGAAAUCCUGCUAGAGAUGAAGAAGGGGUUUUUGAAAACAAUCGUGUGACAUGUCGAUUCAAGCGUCCAGUAUAUGUUCCCCGAGAGGAAACCAUUGUAGAUCUGCACUUGAGUUGGUACUAUCUGUUUGCUUGGGGUCCAGCAAUUCAGGGUUCUAUAACUCGUCAUGAUAUAGACUCACCACCUGUAUCAGAGCAUGUUGUCAGUAUUUACAAGUAUGAAGAUAUUUUCAUGCCGUCAGCUGCCUAUCAGACCUUCUCUUCUCCAUUCUGCUUGCUCCUCAUUGUUGCACUGACCUUCUAUUUAUUGAUGGGAACCCCAUGACUGGUGGAAAACAGCAAGAAUUUGGCAGUGGAAGUUUCUCAGGAUGGACGGCUAUAUGGAUGGACAGUGCAUUUUUCUAUUGGAAUUUAUAUCACACCACCAUCCUCAUCUAGCUGCUUUUGAACAUAGUUAGCUUCUCAGAAGAAUGAAAUAACCAUCUCCUUUGAGUGGCAAAGAUGUGACAAAUCAUUUAAGAAUUAUCAGUGAACACAUAGGAGAAUAUUUUCAGUGUCGUGACUGCUUGCUUAAAGAAAAGGAACUUUUGUAAAAUCAAUGUGCGUGUGUGUUAUGUGUGUUUGGGAGGGGUGUCUGUGUGUGUGUUUAGGAGAAUUUAGUGAUGGACACCUUAUCACAUAACAAAAUUGCCUUCCAAAUUGCUCCCAAAAAGCAAAUUUGGGAAAACAUUAUGAUGCUAUUUGGUACUUCUGAAGCAGACAGCACAAUUCCAGAUUCAGUUUCUGAACUUAAGAUCUGGAUACUGACACAGCAGUAUAAAACCUGCCCUUCA